GGGAGGGUGCGGGGCAUCUAUGCCCACCAUAGAUGGGGACCCUUGGGAGGAYGAAGUGUCGGGGUUGAGGAGGCUGCUGGGCACCCAUAGCUGGGCUGUCCCAUGGCGAAGGCCGGGCACGCCUGGAGCCGCGCGGCAAAGGAGCAGGAGGACGAGGAGGGCGAGGAUCCCGUGGACGCCAUGAUCGCGCGGACCGGCUGCCUGGAGCAGCACCGGCAGCUUCAGGAGUGCAUGGCCGAGCGGCAGGACUGGCGCCACUGCCAGGCAGAGGUCCGGGCCUUCGGGGCCUGCAUGGCCCGGCGGCAGCAGCGGGAGCGCGGAGCGAGCCCGGCCCAGCCCACGGACUGACAGCGCCCGGGACUCCCGACAGCCCCCCAGGAAUGGGGGGAGCUGUGCCCUUCGCCCCUUUCUUGAUUUUUUUUUAAUCAAACUGCUGGGAAACGCGGAAUUAAAUCUUGUGGCAUUUGGCUUC